GGAGAGGCCGCGCGGGGUGGGGCUCGGCGGGUGCGCGCUCGCUGCGUUGACGUGCUGACGCCACGACGCCCCGGCCGGUGUGUGUCCGGAUUUGUGUGUGUGUGUGUGUGUGUAUGUGUGUGUAUGUGUGUGUGAGUGUGCGCGUUCCGAGUGUGUGUGUGUGUAUUUGUGUAUCGGCGGUCCCGCAGGUCCCGGAUGUUGCGGACAGUAUGAGGCGAGCGCAGGGGGACGGGGACCAGCAGCUGUCGCCGCCGCUCUGAGUAUCCUUUCUGAUAAUGGAGAGAAGAAUUUGGUUGGUCCAUUUGGACUCUUCAAAUUGAAGAUUUCCUGUUAGACAAGAUAAAUUGGUCUUCCUACUACUGACUUAACUUGGGUGAAAAGAAAACAGAAAUCUUUGUCCUCUGAUUUUGGAAAUCUUGUUUAACCUUCAAACUGGCGAUGUCAAGGGUUCCAAGUCCUCCACCUCCGGCAGAAAUGUCGAGUGGCCCUGUAGCUGAGAGCUGGUGCUACACACAGAUCAAGGUAGUGAAAUUCUCCUACAUGUGGACCAUCAAUAACUUUAGUUUUUGCCGGGAGGAAAUGGGUGAAGUCAUUAAAAGCUCAACCUUUUCAUCAGGAGCCAAUGAUAAACUGAAAUGGUGUUUGAGAGUAAACCCAAAAGGUUUAGAUGAAGAAAGCAAAGAUUACCUGUCACUUUACCUAUUACUGGUCAGCUGUCCAAAGAGUGAAGUUCGGGCAAAAUUCAAAUUCUCCAUCCUGAAUGCCAAGGGAGAAGAAACCAAAGCUAUGGAGAGUCAACGGGCAUAUAGGUUUGUGCAAGGCAAAGACUGGGGAUUCAAAAAAUUCAUCCGUAGAGAUUUUCUCUUGGAUGAAGCCAACGGGCUUCUCCCUGAUGACAAGCUUACCCUCUUCUGUGAGGUGAGUGUGGUGCAAGAUUCCGUCAACAUUUCUGGCCAGAACACCAUGAAUAUGGUGAAGGUUCCCGAGUGCCGGUUGGCAGAUGAGUUAGGAGGACUUUGGGAGAAUUCCAGGUUCACAGACUGUUGUUUGUGUGUUGCUGGCCAGGAAUUCCAGGCUCACAAAGCAAUCUUAGCAGCUCGUUCUCCAGUUUUUAGUGCCAUGUUUGAACAUGAAAUGGAGGAGAGCAAAAAGAAUCGGGUUGAAAUCAAUGAUGUGGAGCCUGAAGUUUUUAAGGAAAUGAUGUGCUUCAUUUACACGGGGAAAGCUCCAAACCUGGACAAAAUGGCUGAUGAUUUGCUGGCAGCUGCUGACAAGUACGCCCUGGAGCGCUUAAAGGUCAUGUGUGAGGACGCCCUCUGCAGUAACCUCUCUGUGGAGAACGCCGCAGAGAUUCUCAUCUUGGCUGACCUCCACAGCGCAGAUCAAUUGAAAACGCAGGCAGUGGAUUUCAUCAACUAUCACGCCUCGGAUGUCUUGGAGACCUCAGGGUGGAAGGCGAUGGUGGUGUCACAUCCCCACUUGGUGGCUGAGGCGUACCGCUCCCUGGCUUCAGCACAGUGCCCCUUUCUGGGACCCCCACGCAAGCGCCUGAAGCAGUCCUAAGGCCUGCCUGUUGUAAGACUCCGUUCAUUUUCCAGAAGCAGCAGCCUCUGCUGCUGCCAUUGACCACCAGGUAGACAGCGCGAUCUGUGGAGCUUUGACUGCUGUGGGGGAAGACUGCAUCUCGGCCGCAGACUUUUAAAACAGCACUAAAUAAACUUGGGGGGAGUGGGGGGAGGGAAGGGCCGGGGACUCGGGGCUGUUCGACCCAAUGAAAACCCUGUUGCUGCGUCACUGUGUUCCCUUUGGCCUGGCCGAGUCUGACCCUGUGGGGAUUCGGUCGGGUGCUGGCCCUGAGGACAGCCCUACGGUGGUACUUGGAGAAACCUGUCUGCAUCUGACUGAGCAGAACAAAUCGUCAGGUGCCUGGAGCAAAAAGGAAAAAUAAAGGAAGGACAGUUAGUUUUAAGAGAAGGGGAAAGAAAAGGAAACAAGAAAAGAUUUUUGCAGAAUUUCUCAAAGAUCAGUUUGUGGAUUCCAGUACUAUUUAUAUUGAGAGAAAUUUUAAUCCAUCUAACUGUGCUAAAACUUGGAUAUUUGUGAAAACUUCUCACCGCCAUGUAAGUAUCAGAAGAGCUCUCUGGUUGUUAGCACUUACUGUUUGCAAGAACAGAAUACAGCCUUUUAUCCCUUUAUGAAAAACGGCAAGUGAAGGCGAAAGGGGAAGGAGGUUAUUUGAUCUGGAAGAUGAGUGUUCUGAUGUGGUGGCUUUUGCAAAAAAUCUUUAUUGGUGUUGAAAACUGGAAAAAAAUAAUUCACCCAGAAUUCAUACUGUCUUGACAAGAACUAUAGCUGUUUUUAGAUAUUGUGGAAAAUGUUUUCUUGGCAUUUUUCUCUGAUUUUAUUUCUCCUUCCUCCCCUCUUUUCUAAAAAACAAAAACAAAAAACAAACAACACAAACAUAAAAAGAAGUGGAAAGAAAAGGAAAUUUUAUUGUUAACGCUGUGUGAAAAAAAAUUCCAGCCCCGGUUGCUCAGCUGUUCGUACCUGCGCCUGCAUAGGAGCCAGUCCUGUUCCUUCCAAUUCACUCCUCUUCCUACAGGGGAGAACUUCCAAAUGUUAAUUUUUUUCUUUUUGAAAAUAUAAAUAAUGACUAUUUUGUA